AUCAAACGCUGAAACCAAACAUUUGAACUUACCUUUUGAGUAGAGAAAGAGGUGCACUGUGUUAUUGCUAUUGCAGCGAUGUCAACAACAGCCGGCGAUGAGGCAUCUAUCGCAAGUAGUCCGAAAUUACUGGGUAAAGGAGCGUUCGGCAUUGUUUACGAAGGAUCCUGGAAUGGAGAAAAAGUGGCCAUCAAGCGGAUUGACAAAACCGAAUUUCUCGUUUUAAAUGAGUCUGUUGAUUCAUCCAGUGGUGGGCAACAAAGGGAGGAAGAAAACAUGAAAAAGCUGGACCAUCCCAACGUCCUCAAACUCCUCCACCUCGAAGUCGAUGACAAUUUCAAGUAUUUUUAUCUCGAGUUUUGCGAAGCAACUAUUGGAGAUUACAAUAAAGGGAAGUACACCGGUCGUAUGCCACCUUCUGAAGCUGAUUCUUUACAUCAAAUGGCCAUUGGAUUGUCUUACAUUCACGCAAUGGGUCAAGUCCAUCGAGACAUUAAAGAAGAUAACGUCCUAAUCCACAAAUCAUCUAUCCUCAAGAUUUCCGAUUUUGGCUUCUCAAAGCCAACCACUGCCAGCGGUAGCUACUCAUUGAAAAGCGGUAUUAAAGGCACAAGAAAUUACCUCUCGCCCGAGCUGCUUAAACUGGCCGAAGAGCAAGCCAGUUUCGGUAUAUUAGCCCAUCAGAAGAGCAACAUUUCGUCCGACGUCUUCGCCCUAGGAUGCGUCUUUUAUAGCUACCUAACCAAAGGGAAACAUCCGUUCGCAGAUCCGAAAGGAUCCUUCUUCAUUCCUGCGAAUGUUCUGGAAGGAAAAUCCAAACUCGAGCUGAUUACCGACCCACUUUUCCAGUCCAUUGUCGGGGGAAUGAUUGCUUUCAAUCCCGCCUCACGCUGGAGCCUUGAUGCAGUCGAAUUACAGUUAAAACUUCGUUUAAAACAAACAGUUAAUUAGCAGAUGUUCGUAUGAAAUUCGCUAUCGCAUGACCAACAUUACGUUAUACUACUUUUACUUAGCUAUGCCCAACACUGUUAUUUCCUACCUAUUCCGAAAUAUGCUGGUUGACAGUGUAUAACUUAAAAUUCCCGUAUCCCUAGCAUUAUUGACAUGAAUUAAACAGUAGACUUACCAGAAGAAAGUAGCUAUAUCCCCGACCGCUGCUACUACCGUCGUUCACGUUUGUUGUUGUUGUUAAAGAUGUUAAUUCUUCCACUCGUUCAGCAUCUCCGCAGGCUGAUGAAGAUGGAUUUAUCGUAACCACGCAAAGCAACUAACGCGAGCGAUUUAGAGAGGUACAGCAAAUUGCCAAAAGCCGGUAUUCGGAAGUGACCUGCAAUUCUAGCAGUAACUUUAGUUAAUAGCUAUAGAUAUCGAUGAUAAACAAGUACAACUGUAAAAUGCCCCCUUACCUACGCGCAGCUCCCUAUCAACGUUGGAAUUGUUCACUUUAAUUGAGUAAGUUGAGUGAGAACCAAUAAACACAAAACUCAUGACUCGCCAGUAGAAGGAUCGGGUUGGAGAGCUGAGCUGCUAAUGCCUAUAAAUUAUAGAUUUAAAAUGAAACAAUUUAUCGACGAACCACAAGCUUUUAUCCCCAUGAAAUAUUCAAAGAAAACGCAAUUUUUUAACGCUUUGCACAACACUAAAUAACUACGUUGCACAACAGCGUGAAAACCUGUGAAUUAUGCAAAAAUACAGCAAAAUGAUUGGU